GAGAUAAACGUGGGGGUCCCAUUUUAACAUUUCCAGCCCGCAGCAAUCAUGACAGAAUACGACAGGAGGAUCUCAGGAGACUCAUUUCAUAUCUAGCCUGUAUUCCUAGCGAGGAGGUCUGCAAGCGAGGCUUCACGGUGAUCGUGGACAUGCGUGGGUCCAAGUGGGACUCCAUCAAGCCCCUGCUGAAGAUCCUGCAGGAGUCCUUCCCCUGCUGCAUCCACGUGGCUCUGAUCAUCAAGCCAGACAACUUCUGGCAGAAACAGAGGACUAAUUUUGGCAGUUCUAAAUUUGAAUUUGAGACAAAUAUGGUCUCUUUAGAAGGCCUUACCAAAGUAGUUGAUCCUUCUCAGCUAACUCCCGAGUUUGAUGGCUGCCUGGAAUACAACCACGAAGAAUGGAUUGAAAUCAGAGUUGCUUUUGAAGACUACAUUAGCAAUGCAACACACAUGCUGUCUCGGCUGGAGGAACUUCAGGACAUCCUAGCUAAGAAGGAGUUGCCUCAGGAUUUGGAGGGUGCUCGGAACAUGAUCGAGGAACACUCCCAGCUGAAGAAGAAGGUGAUUAAGGCCCCCAUCGAGGACUUGGAUUUGGAGGGACAGAAGCUGCUUCAGAGGAUUCAGAGCAGUGAUAGCUUUCCCAAAAAGAACUCGGGGUCAGGCAAUGCAGACCUGCAGAACCUCUUGCCCAAGGUGUCCACCAUGCUGGACAGGCUGCACUCCACGCGGCAGCACUUGCACCAGAUGUGGCACGUGAGGAAGCUGAAGCUGGACCAGUGCUUUCAGCUGAGGCUGUUUGAACAGGAUGCCGAGAAGAUGUUUGACUGGAUCACACACAACAAAGGCCUGUUUUUAAACAGCUACACAGAGAUUGGGACCAGCCACCCUCAUGCAAUGGAGCUUCAGACGCAGCACAAUCACUUUGCCAUGAACUGUAUGAACGUGUACGUGAACAUAAACCGCAUCAUGUCUGUGGCGAAUCGCUUGGUGGAAUCUGGCCACUAUGCCUCGCAGCAGAUCAAGCAGGUCGCCAAUCAGCUGGAGCAGGAGUGGAAGGCGUUCGCAGCAGCCCUGGACGAACGGAGCACCCUGCUGGACAUGUCCUCCAUUUUCCACCAGAAGGCUGAGAAGUAUAUGAGCAAUGUGGAUUCGUGGUGUAAAGCCUGCGGUGAGGUAGACCUUCCCUCAGAGCUGCAGGAUCUAGAAGAUGCCAUCCAUCACCACCAGGGAAUAUACGAACAUAUCACUCUGGCUUAUUCUGAGGUGAGCCAAGAUGGGAAGUCACUCCUUGACAAGCUCCAACGGCCCUUGACUCCAGGCAGCUCCGAUUCCCUGACGGCCUCUGCCAACUACUCCAAGGCCGUCCACCACGUCCUGGAUGUCAUCCACGAGGUGCUGCACCACCAGCGGCAGCUCGAGAACAUUUGGCAGCACCGCAAGGUCCGGCUCCAUCAGAGGCUGCAGCUGUGCGUGUUCCAGCAGGACGUCCAGCAGGUGCUGGAUUGGAUCGAGAACCACGGAGAAGCAUUCCUGAGCAAACACACAGGUGUGGGGAAAUCUCUGCAUCGGGCCAGAGCUUUGCAGAAACGUCAUGAGGAUUUUGAAGAAGUGGCACAGAACACAUAUACCAAUGCGGAUAAAUUACUAGAAGCGGCAGAACAGCUGGCUCAGACUGGGGAAUGUGACCCAGAAGAGAUUUAUCAGGCUGCCCAUCAGCUUGAAGACCGGAUACAAGAUUUCGUUCGGCGUGUUGAGCAGCGAAAGAUCCUGCUGGACAUGUCAGUGUCCUUUCACACCCAUGUGAAAGAGCUCUGGACGUGGCUGGAGGAGCUGCAGAAGGAGCUGCUGGACGACGUGUACGCCGAGUCGGUGGAGGCCGUGCAGGACCUCAUCAAGCGCUUCGGCCAGCAGCAGCAGACGACGCUGCAGGUGACCGUCAACGUGAUCAAGGAAGGGGAGGACCUCAUCCAGCAGCUGAGGGACUCCGCCAUCUCCAGUAACAAGACCCCCCACAACAGCUCCAUCAGCCACAUCGAGACGGUGCUGCAGCAGCUGGACGAGGCGCAGUCGCAGAUGGAGGAGCUCUUCCAGGAGCGCAAGAUCAAGCUGGAGCUCUUCCUGCAGCUGCGCAUCUUUGAAAGGGACGCCAUCGACAUCAUCUCAGACCUUGAGUCUUGGAAUGAUGAGCUUUCUCAGCAAAUGAAUGACUUCGACACAGAAGAUCUCACGAUCGCAGAGCAGCGCCUGCAGCACCACGCAGACAAAGCCUUGACCAUGAACAACUUGACUUUCGACGUCAUCCACCAAGGGCAGGAUCUUCUGCAGUAUGUCAACGAAGUACAGGCUUCUGGCGUGGAGUUGCUCUGCGAUAGAGAUGUAGAUAUGGCAACUCGGGUCCAGGACCUGUUGGAGUUUCUUCAUGAAAAACAGCAGGAAUUGGAUUUGGCAGCAGAACAGCAUCGGAAGCACCUGGAGCAGUGCGUGCAGCUGCGCCAUCUGCAGGCAGAAGUGAAGCAGGUGCUGGGUUGGAUCCGCAAUGGAGAGUCCAUGUUAAAUGCGGGACUUAUCACAGCCAGCUCAUUACAAGAGGCAGAGCAGCUCCAGAGAGAGCACGAGCAGUUCCAGCAUGCCAUCGAGAAGACACACCAGAGUGCACUGCAGGUGCAGCAGAAGGCGGAGGCCAUGCUGCAGGCCAAUCACUACGACAUGGACAUGAUCCGAGACUGCGCGGAGAAGGUGGCCUCGCACUGGCAGCAGCUCAUGCUGAAGAUGGAGGACCGCCUCAAGCUCGUCAACGCCUCCGUCGCCUUCUACAAAACGUCAGAGCAGGUGUGCAGUGUCCUCGAGAGCCUGGAGCAAGAGUACAAGCGAGAAGAAGACUGGUGUGGUGGAGCCGACAAGCUGGGCCCCAAUUCUGAGACGGACCACGUCACCCCGAUGAUCAGCAAGCACCUCGAGCAAAAGGAAGCGUUCCUGAAGGCUUGCACUCUUGCUAGGAGGAAUGCAGACGUCUUCCUGAAGUACCUGCACAGGAACAGCGUGAACAUGCCAGGCAUGGUGACGCACAUCAAAGCUCCUGAACAGCAAGUAAAAAAUAUCUUGAAUGAGCUCUUCCAGCGGGAGAACAGGGUAUUGCAUUAUUGGACCAUGAGGAAGAGACGGCUGGACCAGUGUCAGCAGUACGUGGUCUUCGAGCGGAGCGCCAAGCAGGCCUUAGAAUGGAUCCAUGACAAUGGGGAGUUCUACCUGUCCACACAUACCUCGACAGGUUCAAGUAUACAGCACACCCAGGAGCUACUGAAAGAACACGAGGAGUUUCAGAUAACUGCCAAGCAAACCAAAGAGAGAGUAAAGCUAUUGAUACAGCUGGCUGAUGGCUUUUGUGAAAAAGGGCAUGCCCAUGCAGCAGAGAUAAAAAAAUGUGUUACUGCGGUGGAUAAGAGGUACAGAGAUUUCUCUCUGCGGAUGGAGAAGUACAGAACCUCUUUGGAGAAGGCCCUGGGGAUUUCUUCGGACUCCAACAAAUCGAGUAAAAGUCUUCAGCUAGAUAUCAUUCCGGCCAGUAUCCCUGGGUCAGAGGUGAAACUUCGAGAUGCUGCUCAUGAACUUAAUGAAGAAAAGAGGAAAUCUGCCCGCAGGAAAGAGUUCAUAAUGGCUGAGCUAAUUCAAACAGAAAAGGCUUACGUAAGAGACCUCCGGGAGUGUAUGGAUACCUACCUGUGGGAAAUGACGAGCGGUGUGGAGGAGAUCCCGCCCGGCAUCGUGAACAAAGAGCUCAUCAUCUUCGGAAACAUGCAGGAAAUCUAUGAGUUUCAUAAUAAUAUAUUCCUAAAGGAGCUGGAAAAAUAUGAACAGUUGCCAGAGGAUGUUGGACAUUGCUUUGUUACAUGGGCAGACAAGUUUCAGAUGUAUGUCACAUAUUGCAAAAAUAAGCCUGAUUCUACUCAGCUGAUUUUGGAACAUGCAGGGUCCUACUUUGAUGAGAUACAGCAACGGCAUGGAUUAGCCAAUUCCAUCUCUUCCUACCUUAUUAAACCGGUUCAGCGAAUAACGAAGUAUCAGCUCCUUUUAAAAGAGCUCCUGACGUGCUGUGAGGAAGGAAAGGGGGAGAUUAAGGACGGCCUGGAGGUGAUGCUCAGCGUGCCCAAGAGAGCCAACGACGCCAUGCACCUCAGCAUGCUGGAAGGGUUUGAUGAAAACAUUGAGUCUCAGGGAGAACUCAUCCUACAAGAAUCCUUCCAAGUGUGGGACCCAAAAACCUUAAUCCGAAAGGGUCGAGAACGGCAUCUCUUCCUUUUUGAAAUGUCACUAGUAUUUAGUAAAGAAGUGAAAGAUUCCAGCGGGAGAAGCAAGUACCUUUACAAAAGCAAAUUGUUUACCUCAGAGUUGGGUGUCACAGAACAUGUUGAAGGAGAUCCUUGCAAAUUUGCACUGUGGGUGGGGAGAACACCAACUUCAGAUAAUAAAAUUGUCCUUAAGGCUUCCAGCAUAGAGAACAAGCAGGACUGGAUAAAGCACAUCCGCGAGGUGAUACAGGAAAGGACCAUUCACCUGAAAGGAGCCCUGAAGGAGCCCAUUCACAUUCCCAAGACAGCUCCAGCCACAAGGCAGAAGGGAAGGAGGGAUGGAGAGGACCUGGACAGCCAAGGCGAUGGCAGCAGCCAGCCCGAUACGAUCUCAAUUGCCUCCCGGACGUCUCAGAACACACUGGACAGCGACAAGCUCUCCGGUGGCUGUGAGCUGACGGUGGUGAUCCACGACUUCACGGCCUGCAACAGCAACGAGCUGACCAUCCGCCGCGGCCAGACUGUGGAGGUGUUGGAGCGGCCGCACGACAAGCCUGACUGGUGUCUGGUGCGAACCACUGACCGCUCCCCCGCGGCAGAAGGCCUGGUCCCCUGCGGCUCUCUGUGCAUCGCCCACUCCAGAAGCAGCAUGGAAAUGGAGGGCAUCUUCAACCACAAAGACUCGCUGUCCGUUUCCAGUAAUGACGCCAGCCCGCCCGCCUCCGUGGCCUCCCUGCAGCCCCACAUGAUCGGGGCCCAGAGCUCUCCAGGCCCCAAGCGGCCAGGCAACACCCUGCGCAAGUGGCUCACCAGCCCAGUGCGGCGGCUCAGCAGCGGCAAGGCUGACGGGCACGUGAAGAAGCUCGCGCACAAGCACAAGAAGAGCAGGGAGGUCCGCAAGAGCGCCGACGCCGGCUCGCAGAAGGACUCAGACGACAGCGCGGCCACCCCACAGGAUGAGACCGUGGAAGAGAGAGGCCGGAACGAAGGCCUCAGCAGUGGCACCCUCUCCAAAUCCUCCUCCUCGGGGAUGCAGAGCUGUGGAGAAGAGGAAGGUGAGGAGGGGGCCGACGCCGUGCCCCUCCCCCCACCCAUGGCCAUCCAGCAGCACAGCCUUCUCCAGCCGGACUCACAGGAUGACAAGGCCUCUUCCCGGUUAUUGGUCCGCCCCACCAGCUCCGAAACGCCGAGUGCAGCCGAGCUUGUCAGUGCGAUUGAGGAACUCGUGAAAAGCAAGAUGGCCCUGGAGGAUCGACCAAGCUCACUCCUUGUGGACCAGGGAGACAGUAGCAGCCCUUCCUUCAACCCCUCGGACAACUCCCUUCUCUCUUCCUCCUCGCCCAUUGAUGAGAUGGAAGAAAGGAAAUCCAGCUCCUUGAAGAGAAGGCACUAUGUUUUGCAAGAAUUAGUGGAGACGGAGCGUGACUAUGUACGGGACCUUGGCUAUGUGGUUGAGGGCUACAUGGCACUUAUGAAAGAAGAUGGAGUUCCUGAUGACAUGAAAGGAAAAGACAAGAUUGUGUUUGGCAACAUCCAUCAGAUUUAUGACUGGCACAGAGACUUUUUUUUAGGAGAGUUAGAGAAGUGCCUUGAAGAUCCGGAAAAACUAGGAUCCCUUUUUGUUAAACACGAGAGAAGGUUGCACAUGUACAUAGUUUAUUGUCAAAAUAAACCAAAGUCUGAGCACAUUGUCUCAGAAUACAUUGAUACCUUUUUCGAGGAUUUAAAGCAGCGCCUUGGCCACAGGUUGCAACUCACAGAUUUGUUGAUCAAACCAGUGCAGAGAAUUAUGAAAUAUCAGCUGUUACUAAAGGACUUCCUCAAAUAUUCCAAAAAGGCCAGCCUGGAUACAUCAGAAUUAGAGAGAGCCGUGGAAGUCAUGUGCAUAGUACCACGGCGGUGCAACGACAUGAUGAACGUGGGGCGGCUGCAAGGAUUCGAUGGUAAAAUUGUUGCCCAGGGUAAACUGCUCUUGCAGGACACGUUCUUGGUCACAGAUCAAGAUGCAGGGCUUCUGCCUCGAUGUAAAGAGAGGCGCAUUUUCCUCUUUGAGCAGAUCGUCAUAUUCAGUGAACCACUUGAUAAAAAAAAGGGCUUCUCCAUGCCAGGAUUCCUGUUUAAAAACAGUAUCAAGGUGAGUUGCCUUUGCCUGGAGGAAAAUGUGGAAAAUGACCCCUGUAAAUUUGCUCUGACAUCAAGGACAGGCGACGUGGUAGAGACCUUCAUUUUGCAUUCGUCCAGUCCAAGUGUCCGGCAGACAUGGAUUCAUGAAAUCAACCAAAUUUUAGAAAACCAGCGCAAUUUUUUAAAUGCCUUGACAUCGCCGAUCGAGUACCAGAGGAACCACAGCGGGGGCGGCAGCGGGGGCGGAGGGGGCGGGGGCGGCGGCGGGGCCCCCAGCAGCGGAGGCGGCCACGGCGGCGGCCCCAGCAGCGGUGGCACCAGCGGUGGCCCCAGCUCGAGCAGGAGCAGGCCCUCCCGGAUCCCCCAGCCUGUCCGACACCACCCCCCUGUGCUGGUCUCCUCUGCAGCCUCGAGCCAGGCAGAGGCAGACAAGAUGUCAGGUAUGUGCACCCCCGGCCCCUCACUGCCUCCCCCCGGCGGCAGCCUGGCCUCGGAGGCCGGCCUCAGCCAGCCCAGCAGGCCGCCCCCCAGCGGAGACGCCGAAGGGCCCGAGCGAGGAGCCGAGCCCAUCCCCAAGAUGAAGGUGAUGGACAGCCCCCGGAAGUCGGGCCAGGACGCGGGCGCCAAGGACGCGCGGGGGAGCCCGGGCUCCCUGCCCCUGGGGAAGCCCAGGUCCGGGGCCGUGUCGCCUCUGAACUCUCCGCUCGCCACCGCGUUCCCUUCUCCUUUCGGCAAGGAGCCCUUUCCCCCCAGCAGCCCCCUGCAAAAGGGGGGCUCCUUCUGGAGCUCCAUCCCCGCCUCCCCCGCCAGCCGGCCCGGCUCCUUCACCUUCCCGGGGGACAGCGACUCCCUCCAGCGCCAGACGCACCGCCACGCGGCCCCCGGCAAGGACACGGACCGCAUGAGCACGUGCUCGUCGGCCAGCGAGCAGUCCGUGCAGUCCACCCAGAGCAACGGGGAUCUGCCCAGGGCGUCCGAGAGCCCAGCAGAAGCCGGCACCUUUGGAGUCCUGACAGUCCACGAACAUCCCACAGCGUCACCGAUGGGAGCUUCUGAGAACCAGCUUCUGGGAACAAGGCACCAGAUGCCAUUUCCACAUCUUGGUUUGAUAGAGAGGACUUGUACAAGAUGUAGCUCAGGAGCUGACAGGGGCCUCAGCUUUCUUCUCCUCCCCUUGGAACAGUAGGUCACUCACUAAAUGAGAGCCUGACUCAAAGACUGCCAUUUGUGUUUCUUCUGUUCUGUGGCUAGCACCACUCAGCGUGUGCGCCCAGGGACGGCCUCAAGGAACCAGCUUUGCUUUGUCAUGGUAGUCUUGCCUCAUCAACUGGGCCGCUCGACACACACUGAGUGCCUACUGCAUGUCAGUCACUGACCAGAGAUCAGGUGCCACCAGGGCUGCAGAAUCAG